AUUGACGGGGGGCGGGGGUGCCGUCCGGGCUCUUGGUGCCGCCUCUUUGGCUCUGAAGUCUUUAGACCAACCGCAGUUGAAGUUUUUAUUUCGUGAAAUCGGUAGAAAAGAAAACUGCAUUGCUCUGAAGCUCAGCUGACAGAAAGGAGGGUGUGCAGCUACAAGUUCGAGAGCUAUCGGACCUUCAAAACCCAGGCGUGGGUCCUAGCAUUUUGCGCCCCCGACUCUUUACGUAGGUAACGGCGGAUCUGGGGAAUUGGUGGCGUCCGGACCGAGAAGCGCGAGGAAAAAACGGGUCUACCCUGAGAGUGUAGAGGAGGCACUGUGUACUCGGGAAAGUGAAGCAGCCAGGGGAGAAAGUGAAACAAUGGCCGGUGCUGGAGGUCGGCUGUAAAAACAACAUAACAACAACAACGACAACAGGAAAAAGUAGCGGGGAGAGUGGGAAGGGCAGGCGUCCGCACUGGGGGAUCUAAGGGAGAGAAGAGUGGACCCUGAAAAUGGGAGGCAGUCCACCCUAUAAAGCGUGUGUGUGUGUGUGUGUGUGUGUACGCGCGCGCGCCCUAAAGGAGCCAAGCUGUGUUUGGGGUGGGGUGGAUGGAGGGUCUAGGGUGGAAAUGGGUGAGCGGCUCUUCUGUGGGGCAGUUUGUAGAAGGGGUCUACAGCACGGUUAAGUGCAGGAGGUAGAGAUCUACAAUUGAAUAACGUCUGCCCUGGUAUAACUAGGGGAGGUUCUCUAACUUGGAAGUGGGGGUAACUGCAUUGGGUGAUGUGGGGGAGGGGAAAGGAGAAAAGGGUUUACCGCGGAAGAGGGAGGGAUCUACACUGGCGGAAUUGGGGAGGUAGGGGGCCUGCACAGAAGGUGGGGAAAGAAGAGGGGGGCCGUCCGCGCCCACGAACUGCCCUCUAAGCGCAGGCCGGACCAUGGGAACCCCAAAGCCGCGGAUCCUGCCCUGGCUUGUGUCGCAGCUGGACCUGGGGCAGCUGGAGGGGGUGGCCUGGCUGGACGAGAGCCGCACACGCUUCCGCAUCCCUUGGAAGCACGGCUUGCGGCAGGAUGCCCAGCAAGAAGACUUCGGCAUCUUCCAGGCGUGGGCCGAGGCCAGCGGUGCCUACACUCCCGGAAAGGAUAAACCUGAUCUGCCCACCUGGAAGAGGAAUUUCCGAUCCGCCCUGAACCGGAAGGAGGGGCUGCGUUUAGCCGAGGAUCGGAGCAAGGACCCCCACGACCCGCACAAGGUCUAUGAGUUUGUGAUCCCAGGAGCUGGGAACUUUCCUGAGUUGGACACAUCGCUGGGGACCAAUGGUGGAUGCAGUACCUUGGCUACCCAGGGAGACAUACUAGAGGAGUUACUGAAUGACAUGGCCUUGGCCCCAUUCCCAGAUGGGGGGCCCUCGAGCCUGGCUGUGGUCCCUGAACAGACCCCUCCAUUCUUGCUGAGCCCCACAGUAGACAUCCCUCCUCCCUGCCCAAACUCAGAGCCCCCGGAAAACCCACUGAGGCGGCUCUUGGUGCCUGAGGAAGAGUGGGAGUUCGAGGUGACUGCCUUCUACCGGGGCCGCCAAGUCUUCCAGCAGACUGUCUUCUGCCCAAGGGGCCUGCGUCUGGUGGCAUCAGAAGCAGGGGACAGGACACUGUCUGGACAGCUGAUCAUAUUGCCAGACCCUGGGCUGUGGCUGACGGACAGGGGUGUGUUGGGCUACGUGAGGCGUGUGCUGAGCUGCCUGGGUGGGGGACUAGCUCUGUGCAGGGCAGGACAGCGGCUCUGGGCCCGGAGGCUGGGCCACUGCCACACGUACUGGGCCUUGGGCGAGGAGCUCCUCCCUGACAGCAGUCACGGGCCCAGUGGUGAGGUCCCCAAGGAUGAGGAGGGAGACGUGUUCGACCUACGGCCUUUCGUGUCAGGAUCUCGGGCCUCCAGAUCUGAUUGCCUUCCUCGAAGGAAGCCGACACUCACCACGCUACACCCUCUGGUUCUGCAUGGGGGAGCCAUGGCCCCAGGACCAGCCGUGGACCAAGAAGCUCGUGAUGGUCAAGGUUGUUCCCACAUGCCUGAGGGCCCUGCUGGACAUGGCACGAUCAGAGGGCGCUUCCUCACUAGAGAACACUGUGGACCUCCACAUUUCCAACAGCUACCCACUCUCUCUCACAUCAGAGCAGUACAAGGCCUACCUCCAGGACCUGGUCGAGGACAUGGAUUUCUAGGCCAUGGGGGAGGUCUGAUCCCUCACUCCUCACGGGUGCUUCCCCCUCGUGCCUUCACCUUGGCAAUAAACUAUUUCUUGCCACUGUCACCACUUGUGUGCCUGGUGUUGGGUGUCAGCUGGGUUUCAGCUAGGUCCAGGGUAGCCCUGACCUAGACUGGGCCUUAUUCCUUCUUAGGACCUCAGCAUACACAUCUGUGCAAGCAACUCCCACCCUAGAUACUCUCUGCAUGAGGACAGACACUGUGCAGGGGGCAGCUGAUACCUGUGACGACCUUACCUCUUCCCUGGACCUGGUGAGGAGGGGACAGUCACCCCCAUUUUACAGACCAAGACAAUGAUGCUUGGAGAAAAGCAAGGGUCACAAAGCAGGAAACACAGAUGGGUUAGAAUCCAGUCUGACUCCAGGGGUGCUGUUCUCCAAAGGGGCCCCUGGGGCAGAAUCUAGAACCCCUGUCAUGACUAUGAACAGUUCAUG